AUGGAGGCAUUAUCCGGGCCGGAUGAUUCGGCGUUCUCGCAACACGGUCAUAGUCCCUCGGAGGCACCCACAGACACGCCUUCACCUCCUCCUGAUCACUUUACCUGGAAUCUGACCUGGAUCAUGAAAGACUCUUUCCCCUUCCUGUCCCAUCGCAGCCGAUACGGUCUGGAGUGCAGCUUCGACUUCCCCUGUGAGCUGGAAUAUUCGCCACCCCUGCACGACCUUGGGAACCAGAGCUGGUCCUGGCGCCGCGUGCCCUCGGAGGAGGCCUCCCAGAUGGACUUGCUGGACGGGCCCGAGGCAGAGCGCUCUCAGGAGAUGCCCAGAGGCGCCUUCCUCCUGCUCAACACCUCGGCGGACUCCAAGCACACCAUCCUGAGCCCCUGGAUGCGCAGCAGCAGUGAGCGCUGUACCCUGGCCGUGUCGGUGCACCGGCACCCGCAACCCUCAGGGAAGUACGCUGCCCAGCUGCUACCCCACAAUGAAGCUGGCCGUGAGAUCCUGCUGACGCCCACGCCGGGGAAGCAUGGUUGGACAGUCCUGCAGGGAAGGAUUGGACGCCCCGAGAAUCCCUUCCGUGUGGCCCUGGAGUACGUCUCGAGUGGAAACCGAAGCUUGUCUGCUGUGGACUUCUUUGCCCUCAAGAAUUGCAGUGAAGGAACAUCCCGAGGCUCCAAGAUGGCACUGCAGAGCACCUUCACCUGCCGGGACAGGACAGUGCUACAGCUGGGACGGGCCUGCGACUUCCACUGGGACUGUGCCCAGGGCGAGGACGAGGGCCAGCUGUGCCGUAGACUCCCCGCCGGAUUUUACUGCAGUUUUGAGGAUGGCUUCUGUGGCUGGACCCAGGACACUCUGUCACCCCAUGCUCCCCAGUGGCAGGUUGGGACCCUGAAGGACGUCCAGCUCCGGGACCACCAAGGCCACGCUUUGCAGCUCAGCACCACGGACGGCCCCGCUGCUCAAAGUGCCACGGUGACCAGUGCAACGUUUCCUGCUCCGAUGAAGAACUCUCCAUGCGAGCUCCGGAUGUCCUGGCUCGUCCGUGGAGUCCUGAGGGGAAACGUGUCCUUGGUGUUGGUGGAGAACAGGACCGGGCGGGCGCACGACAGGACGGUCUGGCACGUGGGCGCCAGCGAGGGCCUGGGCCUGUGGCAGUGGACGGUGCUGCCCCUCCUCGACGUGUCCGACAGGUUCUGGUUGCACACGGUCGUGUGGUGGGAACGUGGAUCCAGAGCCACGGUGGCCAUGGACAACGUCUCUCUCAGCCUGGACUGCUACCUCACCAUCAGUGGGGAGGACAGGACGCCCCCAGACAUAGCCCCCAAAUCAAGAAACCUGUUUGAGAGAAACCCGAACAAGGAGUGGAAGCCUGGGGAGGCCGCACCACAGCACACCCCCAUCUUUGACCCGACAGCUCACUGGCUGUUCACCACGUGCGGGGCCAGUGGGCCUCACGGCCCCACGCAAGCACAGUGCAACAACGCCUACCGGAACUCCAACCUGAGCGUGCGGGUGGGCGGCGAGGGCCCCCUGCGGGGCGUCCAGAUCUGGAGGGUCCCGGCCACCGACACCUACAGCAUCUCUGGCUAUGGGGCCGCCGGCGGGAAAGGCGGGAAGAACACCAUGGUGCGCUCGCACGGCGUGUCGGUGCUGGGCAUCUUCCCGCUGCAGAAGGGCGACUCGCUGUACAUCCUGGUCGGGCAGCAGGGCGAGGACGCCUGCCCCCGUACAAACCAGCUGAUCCAGAAAGUCUGCAUCGGCGAGAACAACGUGAUAGAGGAAGAAAUCCAUGCGAACGGGAGUGUGCACGAGUGGGCGGGCGGAGGCGGCGGUGGGGGCGGAGCCACCUACGUCUUUCAGAUGAAGGAUGGGGUGCCAGUGCCCCUGCUGGUGGCAGCCGGUGGCGGCGGCCGGGCCUACGGGGCCAAGUCAGACACGUUCCACCCAGAGAGGCUGGAGAACAGCUCCUCGGUGCGGGGGCUGAACGGCCACUCCGGAGCCUCAGGCGGUGGAGGUGGCUGGAGCGAUAACACUUCCCUGCUGUGGUCCGGAAAGUCUUUGCUGGAGGGCGCCACCGGAGGACAUUCCUGCCCCCAGGCCACGAAGAAGUGGGGGUGGGAGACCAGAGGGGGUUUCGGAGGGGGUGGCGGGGGGUGCUCCUCUGGUGGAGGAGGCGGAGGAUACAUAGGCGGUGACGCAGCCUCCAACAAUGACCCCGAGAUGGAUGGGGAAGACGGAGUGUCCUUCAUCAGUCCCCUGGGUAUCCUGUACACCCCGGCCUUAAAAGUGAUGGAGGGCCACGGGGAAGUGAACAUUAAGCACUACCUGAACUGUAGCCACUGUGAGGUGGACGAGUGCCACGUGGACCCUGAGAGCCACAAGGUCAUCUGCUUCUGUGACCAUGGGACAGUGCUGGCCGAGGACGGCGUCUCCUGCGUGGCGUCACCCACCCCGGAGCCCCGCCUGCCACUCUCACUGAUUCUCUCGGUCGUGACCUCCGCCCUGGUGGCCGCCCUGGUCCUGACUUUCUCAGGCAUCAUGAUCGUGUACCGCCGGAAGCACCAGGAGCUGCAGGCCAUGCAGAUGGAGCUGCAGAGCCCCGAGUACAAGCUGAGUAAGCUCCGCACGUCCACCAUCAUGACCGACUACAACCCCAACUACUGCUUUGCCGGCAAGACCUCGUCCAUCAGCGACCUGAAGGAGGUGCCACGGAGGCACAUCACCCUCCUGCGGGGCCUGGGCCACGGCGCGUUCGGGGAGGUGUACGAAGGCCAGGUGUCCGGAGGGCCCAGCGACCCCAGCCCCCUACAAGUGGCCGUGAAGACACUGCCUGAGGUGUGCUCUGAGCAGGACGAGCUAGAUUUCCUCAUGGAAGCCCUCAUCAUCAGCAAAUUCAACCACCAGAACAUCGUGCGCUGCAUCGGGGUAAGCCUGCAAGCCCUGCCCCGCUUCAUCCUGCUGGAGCUCAUGGCCGGGGGCGACCUCAAGUCCUUCCUCCGAGAGACCCGCCCGCGCCCGAGCCAGCCCUCCUCCCUGGCCAUGCUGGACCUUCUGCACGUGGCACGGGACAUCGCCUGUGGCUGCCAGUACUUGGAGGAAAACCACUUCAUCCAUCGGGACAUUGCUGCCAGGAACUGCCUCUUGACCUGUCCAGGCCCUGGACGAGUAGCCAAGAUUGGAGACUUUGGGAUGGCCCGAGACAUCUAUAGGGCGAGUUACUACCGGAAGGGCGGGUGCGCCAUGCUGCCCGUGAAGUGGAUGCCCCCCGAGGCCUUCAUGGAAGGGGUCUUUACCUCCAAGACGGACACCUGGUCCUUUGGCGUACUGCUGUGGGAGAUCUUCUCACUUGGAUACAUGCCGUACCCUAGCAAGAGCAACCAGGAGGUGCUGGAGUUCGUCACUGGCGGAGGACGGAUGGAUCCCCCCAAGAACUGCCCCGGGCCCGUAUACCGGAUCAUGACUCAGUGCUGGCAACACCAGCCUGAAGACAGGCCCAACUUCGCCAUCAUCCUGGAGAGGAUCGACUAUUGCACCCAGGACCCAGACGUCAUCAACACCGCUUUACCCGUGGAAUACGGACCCCCCGUGGAGGAGGAACAGAAGGUACCCACCAGGCCCAAGGACCCCGAGGGGGCUCCUCCCCUGCUGGUCUCUCCCCAGCAGGCCAGGCGAGGAGAGCAUGGGCCGGCCGCCCCCCCACCCCUGCCCACCACGGCCCCCGGCAAGGCCGGGAGGAAAGCCCCCGCGGGGGAGCCCCCCUCUCACCCCCCCGGGGGGCCAGCCGUGGAGGGGGGACACGUCAACAUGGCGUUCACUCAGUCCAACCCACCAUCGGAGCUGCACACGGCCCAGGGGUCCAGGAACAAGCCCACCAGCUUGUGGAACCCGACCUACGGCUCCUGGUUCACAGAGAAACCCGCCAAAAAGAACAGUCCUCCAGCUGAGAAGGGGCAGCUGGAGAGGGCCGGCCCGGGCCGGGAAGGAGGCCACCCCAUCCCACCCAGUGUGGCCGCGGGGAGGCUGCCGGGGGCCUCCCUGCUCCUGGAGCCGUCCUCACUGACGGCCACCAUGAAGGAGGUGCCCCUGUUCCGGUUACGUCACUUCCCCUGCGGGACCGUCAACUAUGGCUACCAGCAGCAGGGGCUGCCCUUGGAGGCCCCCGCCGCCCCAGGCGCUGGCCGCUAUGAGGAUACCGUCCUGAAGAGCCAGCGAGGCACCGGCCAGCCUGAGCCCUGA